CUUAUCGCAAAGCUCGCCAACAAUAACACACAGACUCAUUUAAUAAAAAACACAUAUCUCCAAUAAAGCUACCGCAGAAAGAAAGAGUGGAGAGAGAGAGAGAGAGAUGCCAGAGGCAUACUACUGUGUGAGAGAGAAGAAACCCUGUGUGGGUUGGGUAGAGAAAUACUUCAAGGACUGCCUUUGCAACACCAAAGAUGGCUACUCGUUCGGUUUUGGAAUAAUGAGUCUGGUUUGCUGGGGAGUUGCGGAAAUCCCUCAGAUUAUAACCAACUGCCGCACCAAGUCAAGCCACGGCGUUUCACUCGCUUUCCUCCUCACUUGGGUUGCCGGUGAUGUAUUCAAUCUCGUGGGUUGUCUUCUGGAACCUGCAACGUUGCCCACUCAGUACUACACUGCUCUGCUGUAUACGAUAAGCACUAUAGUGCUGGUGCUGCAAGGCAUGUACUAUGAUCACAUAUACAAGUGGCGCAAACGCAGACGACUGGACACUGUAGACCAGCAGGAUGGGGAUGAGAAAAGACCUUUGAGGCCCAAGACAGAUGAUUCAGGAAUACCAAUCCCCAGGGGUCCACCAAAAGCAACUCCUCGCAGGGAAUUCUAUUAUACGUCAGCUAGAUCUCUGGCUGGAAGUGGUACUCCACCAUAUAGAACAUACUUAAGGGUAGCUAAAAGUGGUCCUCCGGCAAUGGAAGUUUACAGCGAUUCAUCGUCUGAAGACGAGACAACUACUGCAACAAAUAGGACCAUUAGCCAGGCUAGGCCAAUUCCAAGAUCCGUUGAAUACGGGACAUUCUUUGCUACAUCGCUCAACCUGCCAUUCCAAAGCAAGGGUUUGUCAGAAGUCUACAUGGGAUUUACUGGAAGAAGACUACUGGUGCAUCAGGAAGGUGCAGGUGGGAUGGAGCACAGUGGUUUUGGACAAUGGUUGGGAUGGUUGAUGGCUGCUAUCUAUAUGGGAGGCCGAGUCCCUCAAAUAUGUUUGAACAUUAAAAGGGGAAGCGUGGAGGGCUUGAAUCCACUGAUGUUCAUCUUUGCUCUGCUGGCCAACGUCACCUAUGUCUUAAGUAUUGUUGUUAGAACCACGGAAUGGGAGAAAAUAAAGCUCAACUUGCCUUGGUUGCUGGAUGCAGUAGUGUGCGUCGCCCUCGACUUAUUUGUAUCCUUCGUCUUUAUAUGCAUUGCAAUAGAUCACAUGAAAUCGUAUUUUAUUGCAGUACAUUUACUACAGAUACUUCCGAAGGAAUGGAGCAGCAGACUUCUCGGACCCAAGUAAAGCUUGAUGAUGGCCUAUUGCGUUUUGAUUUUUGGAUGAUCAAGCUUUUAUUUACUACGUACUUACUAAAUAGUGACUACUGAGCCUGUUCAGUGUUCACUGUUGCCUUUGCAAACUGUGAGCCCUGCAUUUGCUUGUGCUCGACACUGGUUUGAAUUGUUCCCAUCCCUUUCAAUUUUAGUGAUCUGUCUUUAUUUUU